GGGAACUCUGUUGUUCUCAGCGAAUGCGAAAGGGAUCUAUGUUAAACAGUGUUUCCAAAUGAUCGUGCUGUUUGAUGGGGAAAUAGUGAACGGAAGAAUUUCAAGAUUGCAGUUCGUCGGACGAUACUGCGCUUGAAAAUUCCCGAGACAACGGAUAGUACAAAAUGAAGCCUUUAAUCGAGUUCGAGGAAUGUUUGCGAGACACGCCAAAGUUUCGGUGAGAAUCGCUUGCAUGUAUAAAAUCUUCGCGUAGUUGCGUUCGCUCAGAGUGCUCCGUUUCGUGCGCGCGCCGCUCCGAUUGUUAUCAACGCGUUUCCAUUGAUAAUGCGUUUGAUUAAUAAACGAUAUGUAGCAUAUCCCAAAAGCUCCUUUACUUUCCUUUUGUAUUUUGCAGAUCUUGCAUCGAGGAAGUAGAGGCAAACGUUGAUAUACUCGAACAAAAAUUAGACAAGGUGUUGAAAAACUGUAGCCAGAUGAUUGAUACUGGGAAACUUUUUGUAGGACAGCAGAGGUAUGUCACGAAUCAUGUAACUUGUUGCAUGCAAUUAAUAGAGAAAUAAGAAGAGCUUCCAUAAAAAUGUAAAAGCAUAUACAAUGUGAUAGGAAUAGUUGACAAAUCCAUAAAUAUUUGAUUGGUCCAAUGAAAUAUAUAUAUGGUUAAAGAGUUGCUGGUUGUUUUAAAUCAAAUAUGUACAUAUGUUCAAUGAUAAAAUGAAAGAGGGAGACACCAAGCAAUAGAGAGGAACAUAUGAAUUACAGCUCUGUUAAGAAUGACUCAUACAUAUGGUAGCUAGUUUGAUAUGUGAAUGAUGCACUUGGUAGUCAGCCAAUUUUCCAAUAGUCUCUGGGAGUUAUCUCUGUACUUUGCUGAUGAUUCAGAGAUAAUGGCCUUACUCAACAAACUAAUCCAUGCUUUACAAGAAAUGAAUAAGUUUCACACUAUUUUAUUAGAUCAAGCAUCUAGAACUGUAAUUAAAGAUCUUAACUCAUUUAUUAAAAGUGAUAUCAAGAGGGUGAAAGAAUCUCGUCAUUACUUUGAAAAAAUUUCUGCGGAUUUAGAUAUAGCAUUAAACCGAAACUCUCAAGUUCCAAAGUCUAGGCCUACAGAGUAUGAAGAAACUUCGAAUAUUUUGUCAGCUACCAGAUCCUGUUUCCGGCAUACCGCUUUGGAUUAUAUUCAUUCUUUAACGAUGAUACAAGCACGCAAGCGACACGAAAUACUGGGUACCCUACUUAAUUACAUGAACGCGUGCAUUACUUAUUACCACCAAGGCACUGAUUUAGCGCAAGAUUUAGACCCAUUUUUGAAAGAUCUCGGUGAGAACUUAAUUAAAAUGAGAGCCGAUUCUGUGAAACUCGAGAAGGAAAUGGAAAAUCGGCACAUUUACGUUACGAACAGAGACCUAAUACCUUCUCCAAUACCCGGAAAUCCAAAGAUGGAAGGGUAUCUUUUUAAACGUACUAGUAACGCAUUUAAAACGUGGAAUAGAAGGUGGUUUUGUUUAAGAGAUCACCAACUGGUGUAUAGAAAGAGGACCGGUGAUAAUGAUUACACCAUUAUGGAAGAAGAUCUUCGUCUCUGCACUGUGAAACCAGUGGUCGACUGUGAUAGAAGAAAUUGUUUUGAAGUAUUAAGUCCUACCAAGAGUCACAUAUUACAAGCUGAUAGCGAAGAAGCUUAUUUAGCGUGGGUAACUGCCAUGCAACAGGCGAUUGGUGCUGCUAUUCAAAGAGGUAUGGGUACUGGUACUAUAGUUAAUAUACGGGAAUCACAAUCGCAGAAUAUUAAAGGAUUGAACAGACAACAGACGAAACCCAAGUCUAGAGUCUGGGAACAAAUCUUAAAGAUCGCAGGAAAUGACACUUGCUGCGAUUGUGGUGGUGCUAAUCCACGGUGGGCCAGUAUCAAUCUUGGAAUUACGCUUUGCAUAGAGUGCUCUGGAGUGCACAGAAGUUUAGGUGUUCAUUACAGCAAAGUUCGUUCGUUGACGUUGGACGACUGGGAACCAGAGAUACUAAAAGUAAUGGCAGAACUUGGAAACACUGUAGUGAACAAUGUUUACGAAGCUCUACCAAUCCCUCCUGAUAUUAUCAGAGCUACACCAAAAUGCAAUGGCAAUAUACGUGAAGCUUGGAUAAGAGCAAAAUACGUAGAGCGGAAAUUCGUCAAGCCUUUAAGUAACAUAAUUUCAUCCGGACAACACGCAAGUCGCGAUAAGAUGCAUUUUCGCAAAUGGAGUGUCCGCAAGUUGCGUCGUCGACCACGAAGUUGCGAUAAAAUCGAUAGCACAAAUCGUAACAAAAUAACGACAUUAUCAUCUGUGAAGGAGGGUAAUCGUUUGACGAGUUCUGACGACAGCAAGCACACAUCAAUCGAAAGUUUAAAUAAUUCAGUCGAUAAAACCAAAAAGAUUGAACGAAAUUCUUUGAGCUCCGACGACAGCACGAAUAUGGAUUUGAAGAACGACUCCACGUUGUAUGGGAAAAUUCUAGCACGGCCGCGUAACGACAUGGACGAAAGUAUCUCGAAAACUAUCGAUAACGAUACGGAGGCGAACGUCGAGAACGAACAUAACGAACGUCUUAUUCCUGAAAUUAAGGACGAUACAAUCGCCACGAGCAAUUCAGAGAAUAGCCUGUCGAUAAAAAGCGAAGUGUCCUUGAGCACAGAGACUUGCGAUGUGAAAGAUACGCUCGAGAAUAAAGACGCUGAAACGGAGAAGCAGUGUAAAGUAGAAUCCGACGUAUUAAUGUUCGGAUGCGAUUUGCCAAAGCCAACGAUCGAUAAUAGCUUAGAGUUAAGUUCCGAUCAAGAUUCGACUGCUGGCGAGGACGAAGAAUUCACGGACGAGGAGGAUAUCGAGAAUUUACAUCCUGAGAUGCUGCUUUACAAAGCUGCUGCUGCACACAAUCUUCCUGUGAUGUGCGCAGCUUUGGCAGCCGGUGCUGAUAAAUUAUGGACGAAUGUCAACGAUAGAGGAAGAAACGCUUUGCAUCAGGCAAUUAUAAGUGGUUCCGUGAUGUCUUGCGAAUAUCUGAUUCUAAAUGGAGCACGAAUCAACUGCCAAGAUGCUGAUGGAAAAACCCCAUUAUACUUGGCUACAGAAUUAGGACAUACCGCCCAAGUAUGUUUGUUGCUGAAACAUCGAGCUGAUCAGCAUAUCGAGGAUGAAAGUGGUGUAAAACCCUUGUCCAUAGCUGUGAAGGAAGCUAAUGCAGACAUUGUAACAUUACUAAGACUUGGCCUUUUAAACGAAGAGAUGAAAGAUUCAGAGAUCGGAAUUAGCGGCGACGAAACUUUCAACGAUGUUGUUCGCGAUUUUAGCCAGUUAGCUUGCUCCCAUCCAGAACGAUUGCAACGGAGAAAUGAAAAUAACAAUCCGUCGCAAUCGUCUGAAUGAGGUUUAAGAACAUGCAAAGUUUAUUUGCAAAGUUUAAAAAACAGGCUACAACAGAAGAAGGAGAUAUGAUACAUCGAAAAUAUCGUCUUUCAGUUUCCUGCAGGGUAAUAAAGUUGAUUAACGAGUAACGAGGUACGUGGUCUAAAGCUUUACGAUAUGAACGAUAUUGAAAGAAAUAUCGUGGAAGUUGUAUCUCUUUACACUUUGAUCUCUGUGCUACAAAAGUUCAUUGGAACUUGUUAUCAUUUUGUAUUAUUGUCAAAGAAAGCAAGAACGAAACACAAAUUUAAAGAACUUUUACAUAUUUUACGAAAGAGAGAGAAGAAAAUAUUAUAUUUUGCUUACUCUGGAAAUUUAUGCUGUCCAAUGAUAAAAUAUUAAGAUGCCGAUUUUUUUGUAUUCCCUCCUAGUUUUCUGCUAAACCUCCGUAUAUAUUUUAAAGAGGAACUUACAAAUUUAACAAGAAAUUCAUAAAAGAUAUACCGUAUAGCAUAAAUGCAACCUCAAAUUUGAAAGGAACUUUUGCAAAUAACAAAAGUGUAUAUUAUUAAGUAGGAUAUUUAUAUAUCAUUUAUGUGAUAUGAGAAAAAACUUGACAAAGUAGUUUUAAACUCUACAGUAUAAAAAAUUUUACUAAUUGCCAACACGACCGUUUUCGAUAUGAUAUAGUCUAGCGAGGUGUUUAUGGACAACAAUUUUAUACAUAUAUCUGUUUUUAUAAACUUAA